AUGCUUCGGAAAGACAACCAGACUGAUACUACGGCCUCACCCUUCCUACUUCUAACACUGGGGGGCAUUCAAUGUGCACCACCGAACGCAGUCGAAAUAACGAAUCACCCACCGGGUUCCAAGCUUGAAGUUAAAGAAGGCGAGGAUGUGUCUCUGACCUGUCUGGUAAAGAACGCGAAGCCAGCUGCCAGAAUCGUGUGGUACCGUGGCAAUGUGGAACUGAAAGGUGAUAAAGUGUCUAAAGAAGAAAUCAAAGAAGUGGAGAAUGUUGAUGGAAACCCAAAGGGCAUAAGAUACACCACAGUGUCGAGGGUUCACUUUAAAGCGACAGCCGACGAUGACUACGCCGAUUUUACUUGCGAAGCGAGACACGAAGCUCUACAGAGAGACAACCCUAUGAGAAGCACUGUACAACUAAGUGUUUUAUAUCCACCUGGAGCCCCUUACAUCGAGGGUUACGCUGAAGGAGAGACUGUUCGCCGUGGCCAGAGCUUAGAGCUGGUCUGUCGCAGUCGUGGAGGAAACCCGCCAGCUCAGCUUAUUUGGUACAAGAAUGGGGAGCAAAUACGGAUGGCUUACAGAACCACUGGAAGAAUGUCAGAAAACGUCCUGUCUUUUAAGGCCGACGCGUCAGAUAACAAAGCUCGAUAUACAUGUGAAGCAAAGAACAUUAUGAUCAGUAAUACAUUGAAAGCUGAAAUCGACUUAACUGUUCUAUUUGCUCCAUCACAUGUAACAAUCUCGGGUCCUUCAGAAGCAAGAGUUGGAGAUCCUGUGCCUCUGACAUGUAGUACUGCUCCUUCAAACCCUGCGGCUGAUAUUAAGUGGCUAGUGUUGGGCAAACAUCACAAGGAAACUAACAACAGAACGGUUAUUUCUCCUGAAGGCGGCUGGAUCACAACAUCUAACAUCACCGUAGUUGUUGAACCCAAUAAGCGGUCUAUUGUAGUUGUUUGCCACGGCAUUAACGCACAACUUACUGAAAAUAUCGUCGCAACACAUACCAUCAACGUCCUAUAUCCACCAACAGCACCAAUGAUCACCGGUUACAUCCCUGGCACCACAUUGUCGGCGGGGACAGUGCAAAAGCUGUCUUGUAUUUCGUCAGGAGGCAAUCCUCUUGCCACCCUAACAUGGUUCAAGAAUGACAAAAAGAUCCAUUCAGUAACGAAACAGACAGAGCGGUCAGUAUCAGCCGAGAUCUCAAUACUGACAAACGUAACUGACAACCAGGCGCAGUACAGGUGUGAGGCAACGAACAGCGCGACAGAGAUACCCCUGUUUGAGACCGUGACGUUGAACGUUUAUUUCGCCCCAGAAACAGUGAAAGUCCGUGUAGAACCAGAAGAACUUAAGGUUGGCAUCGAAGCUACUUUGUACUGUGAUGCAGCAUCCAGUAAUCCUCCUGCUACACUGUCGUGGUGGCGUGAUGGAAUACCAGUGCAAGGUCUCCCGAUGCAACAAAAGAAAGGCCUUCAUGGUGGUACAGUGUCAACUAUAGAAUUAAAAAUGAAUAUCACAAAGGACUUGAAUGGAGCUGUCUAUACCUGCCAGGCAAUGAACGAGGCUCUACAAAGAAGCGUCCAUGAUGCUCUGGCUCUCAAAGUUUUAUAUGCGCCAAUAUUCGACGAGACGACUCCCUACCCAAAAGUUGGAGUAGAAAACGAACAGCUAAUCAUUGUUCUUCGAGCUGAUGGUAACCCUGGAAGUAUCACAUAUACUUGGACCAAAGAUGGUCUACCUAUCACACAAUCUUCCCAUAGCACCGGCAAUGAUCGCAUAAUUUCUGAAGGCAGUAUGCUGAACAUGACAAGGCUAUCGCGUCACGAUGCUGGUAUUUACACUUGUGAGGCUGUUAAUUCUCAAGGAGCUGCCGUUGCUAACAUCAGCGUUUCCGUGCAUUAUCCAGCUAGUAUUAAGUCUGUGUCUCAGCAAGAAAUUCGAGAUGCAAACCAAGAUGCUGUGCUGUCUUGUACGGCUAACGGAAAUCCAUUGACCGCUGACCACAUCCGAUGGGAACGCAAAGGCUACAAAAUCAAACCUAACAAUGUUUCUUUUGAACCCCGGAACUCCACUAGCUAUCUUGUUGUCAAACAAGCAACGAGAGAGGAUGUGGGAAAUUUCCAGUGUGUCGUAGAUAAUGGAUUGGGCAGUGAAGCCAAAGAGAGCGUGAUAUUGGUCGUGAAGUUUAAACCCGAGUUGGAUAGCUCUCCGAGUUUAAUGAAAUCGGCUUCCAAUGUUGGCCAAGUGGGCAGGUUGAUUUGCAAAUGCAAAUCAGCACCCGCACCCAGCUUUACUUGGUCCAAGAACGGUGCAAAGCUACCAGUGAAUACGUCGACCAAGUAUUUUGCAGAAUACCAUAAGUUAGAUCCCAUUACGUACACGUCAGUUUUACUGAUAAAUGAUAUAUCGUCUACUGAUUACGGCUCGUAUGAAUGUGGCGCUAGAAAUGACUUGGGAUUCUCAACGACAUCUGUUAAAUUGGAUGUUACUAGUGCACCAGAUCAAGUGAUAUCGUUAAUGGCGACCAACGUAACCCACAAUACUGUUACUCUGCAGUGGGUGCCAGGAUUUGACGGAGGUCUACCUUCCUGGUACAGGGUUAGAUACAGGAGAAUUUAUGAAGAAUCAUACAAAUAUGAGGACGUAACACCAAGAAAUGCAACCACAUUCACAAUCGGAGGGUUAGAAAGAAACACAGAUUACGUUUUCUCAGUGAUGUCUAUCAACAAAAUAGGUCAAAGUAAAUACAGACCCGAUGACACCAAAGUUACAACACUGACUUCAUCGGAAGUAGGCGAACUGAACGUGGUAUCUACAGAAUAUGUGGAAACAGCUGAUGUAUCUAAAUCUGUAGUCAUAUACGUGUCAAUCACUGGCGUUGUUUUAGUGUUGAUUAAUGCUGCUUUAGUUGCAUGCUUUAUAUUGAAAAGGCGAUCUAGAAGGCUGAAAGAGCAAGCGGGUCAAGCUUCAAAAUCAGCCACCAUAGAAAUGUACGCUCCAUCCUCAUACAAUGACACCAUGACGGGCGAAACUCUCAGCUCUGUCUCCGAAAAGUCGGAGUACUCACAAGAUGAUGGAACUGAUGAUAGACAACCUCCGCCCAUACCUGAAGUUCCGAGUAUGCCGACCAGGCAUAUGUUAAGCCAGACAACGGAUGCUUUUCUCAUGGACGACCAGGGUCUAGUAAUCCCUCCACCUCUGGAUUAUCCUCCUCCAAACUAUGCUGUGUACGACGCUGAUCAUGCUCGGACGUUGCCACACCCACACAGGCAUAAGGAUAUCAGUGGACAUAGCACGUUGGGAAGAAGUUCUGGUAAACAGAACUAUGUACCGGCUCCUAGUCCAAUGCCUCCUUUAGAUGGUUCCUACUACAACAUGUCGUCCGACAGGUACCUUUCGUACCCGCCGCUCAUUGGAGAGUAUUUACAACAGCAACAAGGCCGUACUCCAACCCCGCCCCAGCAAUAUGGCCAACCGCUGCCAAAGCCUCAUCUCAUGAACGGAGGUCUCUCCAGCGGAUCUCCCUCACACAUGGCUAGCCCACCGCACUCCUAUGCUUUGGAUGACAGAUCAGCUGGUGGCACUUUAAGACGUCAGCGUAUGGACAAGAUGGCGACCGUACCACCGCCUGACGUCACUGUACUGCAUCAGGGGAACUGUGGGCAGCACACGUCACAAUCGCUGACUCCAAAACAGCCACAGUCCAUCCUUAAGGACCCAUCUCGACACAAAUACGGCAACCAAUAUGGCAGUCCAAUAUCUUCGAGCACGCCGCAGAACUCAAAUCAGAUUCUGACCGUACAGAAUCUCACAUCAGAUGUCCCACAAUAUGGGACCAUUAAAAAAGAAAAUAAGAAACAAAACGUCACUAUUGAUGAAUCCUAUAAUAAAAGAAGUGAGACGCAUGUAGUCUAA